GCGCUUUUACUUUGUGAGCAAAAGUCACAUUACUUCCGUUGUCCGUCUCUGACAGUUUUACCUGCUGCCCGGAAGCGAGAAGAAGCGAGAAAACGUCCAAAUGGAGCCCAAAAGGAAGCUGAUAAACUCGGUGGACGGCUGUGUGGACGAGGCCCUCUGGGGCCUUGUGAGGGCCAGCGGGGGCCUGUCUCUGCUGAAGGGCCACAGAGUUGUGCUUCGGUCCGACCUGGACAACCUGAGGGGCAGAGUGGCCCUGCUGUCCGGCGGGGGGUCGGGACACGAGCCGGCACACGGGGGUUAUCUCGGUGCAGGUAUGCUAUCGGCCGCUGUUGCAGGUGGAGUAUUUGCUUCUCCACCUCCUGCCAGCAUCCUGGCCGCCAUCCUCAGCCUGCACGCUGCAGGAGCCUCCGGGGUCCUUCUCAUUGUCAAGAACUACACCGGCGACCGCCUCAACUUCGGCCUGGCCGCCGAGCAGGCCCGCAACCGCGGCGUCGCCGUCGACGUGGUGAUCGUUGCCGAGGACUGCGCCUUCGACCGACCCAGCAAGGCGGGGAGGAGAGGCUUGUGCGGCACCAUCUUCAUACACAAGCUGGCGGGCGCCUUGGCGGAAGAAGGCUCCUCGUUGGGCCGCAUCGUCUCCAAGGUGACGGAGGUGCUGCAGGGCGUGGGGACGCUCGGGGUGAGCCUGUCGCCGUGCAGCGUGCCGGGCUCGCUGCCUUCUUUCGAGCUGCCGCCAGGAGUCAUGGAGCUGGGCCUGGGAAUCCACGGGGAGCCUGGGAUCAAAAGGUCAAAGGUGGCGUCCGCAGAUGAGGUGGUGAAGACCAUGAUUGAUCACAUGACCAACCCCGUCAGCCACUCACAUCUGCCCCUUAAACCAGGAGACAGCGUGGUCGUGUGUGUGAACAACCUCGGCGCUCUGUCCUGUCUGGAGAUGGCCGUGGUUACCAGAGCGGCCGUCAUGUGUCUGGAGGGUCGCGGCGUGGUGGUUGCCAGGGUGAUGUCGGGGUCGUUCAUGACUUCGCUGGAGAUGGCGGGAGUGUCGCUGAGCCUGAUGAGGGCCGACCAGGAGACACUGAGGCUGUUUGAUGCUAAGACCGGCGCACCGGCCUGGCCAAACCUCAGCAGCGUGUGUGUAAGCGGACGCGACUACGUGACCGACCCUCCGGCGGCGAGCGGACGGCCCCAAGACGACGCCCACUCUGACGGGCCGCUGAGUCCUGUGAUGCGUGCAGCGCUGGAGAGGGUUUGUUCCACGCUGUUGGAGAAGCGGGACGAGCUCAACGCCCUGGACCGCGCCGCGGGGGACGGAGACUGUGGGGACACUCAUGCACAGGCGGCUCGAGCCAUUCAGGAGUGGCUCCAGCAUCAUGCGGUCCCUGGUUGCCCCGGACGACUGCUGUCAGUCCUCGCUGGAUUGGUGCAGGAUAAGAUGGGCGGGUCUUCGGGAGCGUUGUACAGCCUGUUCCUGACGGCAGCGGCGGGUCAUGUGACUGAGGAGCAGAGCAAUGCUGCAGCCUGGGCUCGUGCAAUGCAUGCUGGGACACAGGCCAUGAGGAGGUAUGGAGGUGCAGACCCUGGAGACAGAACAAUGUUGGAUGCUUUGUGUCCCGCUGUGGACGAGCUGAUGAAGCUGACAACAGCACCACCCGGUGGACAGAUGUCGGUACUACGGGCGGCCGUGCAGAAAGCGGCCUCGGGGGCGGAGUCGACCCGCGACCUCACGGCGAGGGCCGGGCGAGCCAGCUACAUCGCAGCCGAGCGGGUCACCCUCCCCGACCCCGGCGCUGUGGCUGUGGCGUCCGUCCUGAGAGCCGUGCUGGAGUCCCUGGAGGGGGGAGGAGGAGGGGUGAUGUAGGAGAGCGGAUCGUGGCUGAUGUUGGACCGCACAGCACUGUGGCUCAGCAGAGCGCUGUGGUUCAGGACCUCCUCUGAGGCCCAUUUUCACGCCGUAUAUCAAGUAAAUAAAUACAAAACGGGGAAUUUGGUGCUUGACAGACAUAGAAAUAGUAAAUACUGACUGUGUGCUUGAGAACACUAUCAGCAGUGAUGGAAACGAUACUCCAGAGUUAGGGAAUUAGAGCUAGGAAUUGUGAAAAAUAAUGAAACAAACAUUGAUUUAUAAAGCUCAGAAUUACUGUCAGUAAUUUUUAGCAAGACUUGAAUACAUUUGUACUGAUAUUAAAAAUGAUUUAGUUGAACGCAUAGCUGGAGAGAGUUGUUAAAUUUUGAAUUUUAACAUUCCUUGUUACUAAUGAUUUGCAAUAAAAACAAUAAAUGCACAGAGGUGUUAACAUU